GGGUCCCGUUUUCGUGCAGUCAUGGAAAGAACAGUGUUCCUGAUGAUUCUGUUAUCAGGACUGUGCAGCUUCUCCUCAUGUCUCUCUCAUCAGUAUUACUAUGUGAACACGAAUAAGACCUGGACUGAAGCUCAGAACUACUGCAGAGAGACCUACACUGACCUGGCAACCAUAUCUGACCAAAACGACCAGGACAGUUUGACUAGUCUGUUCAACUCUAGAGGUCUUUCUUCUGGUGAGGCCUGGAUAGGACUGAAGUAUAUCUUCAGAUGGUCUCUGGAAGACACCCAGACAGCUCAGAGUUACUGCAGAGAUCUCUACACAGACCUGGCCACUGUGAGGAACCCGACAGAGAACCAGGCCAUACAGAACCUAACGCUGAGUGAAGAUUCCUCAGACAUGGGAGUGUGGAUAGGUCUGUUCAUCUAUGGAUUGUGGUCAGAUGGGGGCAAUUCCAAUGGCUUCUCCACACAUAUCAAUAUAGCUGCAGAUAUUUAUAGAUUGAAUCAGACCUGUGUCACAGCUCAAACGUUUGUCUACUUUUUUGACCAAUACAACAUCAACAACUGCAACAACACAUACAACUUUUUCUGCUACAGUGUGGUAACACUCCCGGUCCAGUGGUAA